CUGCUUCUGCGGGUCAUAGUGCUCCUGGACAUGGUGGUCAUGAUGGCGAAACGACUACUUCUUUUAAGGCUGUACCUAAUACAUCUUUGGGCGCAUCCACCUUGAAGAAGUGUAUGGAGGAGUAUCCUAAGGGAAUGCUCCCCCAUACUUUGCAAGGAUGCACUUGAAAGAUGAGUUAAUACGGACAGCUCUAAAAAUUCUUCAUCACAAGGAGGUGGGAAAGUAGGAUCCUCUUCUAGUACAACUAGGAGUAGCAGCGUUCAAGAACAAUCACUGACCCCUAUCGUCAUUUUCUUGGAACAGGUUGAGAACGUGCCUUUUGCAGGCUUUCUUUCGAAUUACAAUGCAGCUGCGGUUCUUGAUCAGUAUCAGAAAUAUGGAGGAUUUGAAGGAGUAGAUUCCGCUGUGGAUCAUGGGAGCAGCAGCUCUCGUUAAGGCUAGAGGUACUAGCUUUGUUUCAUCCACCCUUGGACAGUGUUUGUGUUGCACAUCACAUUCGCAGUGGAAUCAACAAACGGUAAAAACUCUAGUAGGGGGAUGACCAUAAUUCUUCACCCGUGCUUCUCACUAAUACCAACGUCGACCGCCCAAUGCACCGGUACUGUGCAAUUUGUGCACUCCCGAUGGCCGUCGGGAGCAAAUUGGAGGGAGUAUGCCUUCGACUGGCAUGCCUAGAGCCACAAGCUCUGUUGAUUCUUCGACCUCUGUACGUAUGCGUCUGGUCAACAAAGAAACGGGCUCCGCUG